AUGCUCCCACCAGAGGUUUGGAAUAUAGUCUGCGGCCACUUGUCCCAGUUCGAUCUCUGCACGCUUCUGACAGUAAACCGCGACAUCUACGAAAUAGCAUUGGCCCAGCUGUACCGCUCGAUCACCAUCGACUACCACUACACCCAGUUCGACCCCGAAUAUGUCCAGAGGGAUCCGCUGCUCAACACGAGACAGACGUACAUCCGCACGAAACCGAACAUCACGGCGUUCUUGAGGAGUUGCAGGAAGGCGCUGCGGAGCGUCCGUUCGUUCCAGGUUGUGCAUCUUCCGCAGGAGUUUAUUGACUUCGAGACAAAGCUGGCCGAAUGUCUGCCCAAAAUGGACAACCUGGUCUUGUUGAGGAUCGAGGAGCCGGUCUCGCUCGAUCUGCUCCAGAGAGCGGCCCCCAACAUACGGCAUCUUGCGCUGACGCUGAACAGCUUCCGCAAGUCGAAACACCGGGUUGCGUCGCUGCCGCUGAAAACUGUCGCUAUCGGGCCUUCCAGCCAGCCUGACAGGCUGUUGUCGCGUCUGGUGAGACACCCGCAGAAACUAGAGGGCCUGGAGCUUGUGUGGCCGCACCGCAAGAUCAAGCUCCGCGACCUGGUGGCCUCCGCCGACUCGCAACGACAGCCCCUCGACGCGUUUUCUAAUCUCGCACACCUCAGUCUCGUGAGCGCCAUCAUCUCGCCAGAGGACCAGUUUCUGCGAAAGAUCGAGUCGGGCCUCCAAUCUCUCUGUUUCACCGACAUCAACGAGAUCGGCCAGUCGGAGUCCAUUCUCGACACGUUCCGGCCCGUCAGACUCAGACGGCUGGGCAUCGAUCUGCGCCAGGGAUCCACGGACUCCGUUGCGCCUUUUCUCAACAGACUGCCCCUGGGCUCCCUCGUCGAGCUCCACCUCGUUAUUAGAUACAACUGUUUGAAACGGAUACCGCUGGAAACGCUUGUCGACCAGUACAUCGCCGCCAUCGAAAGACAAUCCGCCAGUCUACGCAAGAUAUCGCUCGAAAUCCGGUUCGAAAAAGAGCUGGUUGAAAUCCAGGAACAGCUUUCCGAGGCGCAAUUCAGCCGCCUCUUCAUGAGCCACGCCUUUCCUGCGCUCGAAUCACUCCGUAUCCAAGCGCAGUUUGCAUUCAUCUGCAAGGACAAACUGACGUUCUUCAAAAACCUCCCCAGACUUCACAAGUUAUGGAUCCUUGGUAGCAACGCAUUUGAAAAACACUGGGGGCUGGGGAACGCAUAUCCGGGCGUAUUUGACAACUGGCUCCGAAUCCAGCACCUCCCUACAGGGCUGGUGAACAACGAGCCACGGCCGAAAACGUCGCUCCGCUACAUAAAACUUGACGACUGUCUGUUUGAGAUCAAGGAGAAAAAUGACACCAAAGAAAUCGUCCCCAGAGACUCCAUAGACAGCUGGUUCGAGUCUCAGACUCACGUCCGCGCUGUCCGUCCAUUGACCUAG